AUGCCACAGUCCACAACUGUCAAGAAUCCAACAUCAGGUCACAUUGAUGGACAACAACCUGCGGAAUAUAAAAUUCAUUCGAAUCUCACGAGCUCUCAUCAACUGCUACAGGCUCUAGAAAGGCGAUUUACCAAAGGCAGCUACACCGUCGAGAUGCGACAUAACAUUUAUACGGUGCGAGUGGACAGCUCAAAAGCUCCGCCCGAAUUGUCGAGACUGCAAACAAGUAAACAUCACUUGUAG